AGUCGUGAAAGGACCUGUGAGCCUGACAAGCACUUAACAGCCAAAAUCAGUUCUGAACAACUCUCUCGGACAUUUGAUUUAGCCGUCUUAAGCAUAACGUUGCCAGUCAAUUUUACUUAUGAAGAGAAAAAUGACAUUGAUUCAUUUUCGAAGUCCUGA